AUGCAGAGCACUAUGGGACUGAGUACCACUGUCUUAGUGAUGGCCUUCCUGCUCUCUGAUGCUGCUUCCAUGAAGAGGCAGGCAUAUUUCAACAAGACUGGAGACCUUCCAUGUGAGUUUACAAACUCUGAAAACAUAAGCCUGACUGACCUGGUGGUAUUUUGGCAACAUGAGAAAAAGAUGGUUCUUUAUGAACUAUUCAAAGGCCAAGAGAAUCCUCAAAAUAUUAAUGCCAUCUACAAGAAUCGCACAAGCUUGGACCAGGAUAAUUUGACCCUGCGACUCCACAACGUUCAGAUCAAGGACAAGGGAUUGUAUCAAUGUUUCAUCCAUCAUCUCAAAGAGUCCCAAGGAAUGAUUCCCAUCCACCAAAAGGAUAUCGACCUAUCAGUGCUUGCUAACUUCAGUCAACCUGAAAUAAUGCUAAUUUCUAAUAGAACAGAAAAUUCAAACAUAAAUAUGACCUGCUCAUCUGUACAAGGUUACCCAAAACCUAAGAAGAUGUAUUUUCUGCUAAAAACCAUAAAUUCGACAUACAAGUAUGAUGCUGACAUGAAAAUAAUCCAAGAUGAUGACACAAGUCUAUACAAUGUUUCUAUCAGCUUGUCUUUUCUGGUGUUUCCUGAAACAAAUACGAGCAUCUUCUGUGUCCUGCAACCCGAGUCAACCCAGUUAGAGCUUCUCUCCCAACCUUACAAUAUAGAUGCAAAGCCACCUCAGCCACCCCUGCCUGCCCCAGACAAUGUCUUCCUGACUGCUCUGCUUGUACUGCUCAUUGGGUGUGCGAUCGUAGUGUUAUUUACGACACUAACGAAAAGGAAGAAGAAGAAGCCUGGCCCCUCUCAUGAAUGUGAAGUCAUCAGAGCAGAAGGGGAAGAAAGUGAACAGGCCAAUGAAAGAGUAGAAAACCGUACACCUGAAAGAUCUAAUGAAGCCCAGUGUGUUGUCAACGUUUCAAAGACAGACCCAGGUGACAAAAGUGCUGCACAUUUUUAA